CAUGACCUGUUGUUAUAACUUUUCUUUAUUUAUUUAAUUUUCUUCUGAUUGUAAAUACUUUAAAACGUUGCCAAUAGUAUCUUUAUUACUAAUAUGUAUUUAUUAUAUUAUAACUAAUUGUUAUCUAUUUUUCCAAAUGCUAAAAAAAAAAUGUAAUUCAACAACAAUAAUUUACCUCACAAUGGCAAUGACGGUGGCGUAUUCCUGGAUAAUAUAUUCAUGUUUAAUUUUCGGAUCCAGAAUUUUAUGUGAUAGAAAACUCGAAAGACGACAAGCUGUAUCAUCUUCCUCAGAAGACAUUGAUGAUAUGUUUUAUUGUUCAAAUGGACUGCGUAUAGAAUGGUCAUCGGUUUGCGAUGGUCGUACGCAUUGUUCAGAUGGUUUGGACGAGAGCAAUGAUUUGUGUGCACGACACGGGUAUGGAACAAAUAUUGGAAUGGAUUGCGGUACAGUAACCAAUGAAAGUAAAAAAGAACAUUUAUUAGAAGCGACACCUUGGAUAGUUGAUAUUUAUGCAACACGUAAAAAAACAGACAUAUGUUCACAUUUAAGUUUAGGAUCAAUUAUUUCUCCAAAUUUAGUAGUUGCUGCGGCUCAAAUUUUUUGGAAUUACGGUAUAAAUCGGAAGCAAAUUUCAAUUAGCAAAUUCGGUCAACAUUCAUAUAAAAUUGGUAUCCCCUUACAAACUGACAAUGAGAACAAUCACUAUUAUAUCGAAGCAAAAAUGAUUUACCUGUUUGAUGAAGCGUAUGUCAUGGAUACCAAUACUCGACCCGCUGCUGAAAGUUUAGCAGUUAUUGUAUUAGCAAACAAAAUUUCGUUUAGUAAUGGUGUUACACCCGUUUGUAUCGAUUGGUACAGUAGUUAUAAUGUACAGAAUGGAGCUUAUGGAAAGAUUGCUGGUUUAAAAAGAGAGUCUCAUCUUGAACAUAUUGUACUACAACGAUUUUUUCCACAUAUCAUAAACAGUGCUUGUCUAAAUAUUUUUGGUGAACACCUUGUGAACACUUGCAUCAGGUUCAAAUUGGGACUUAGAGAAUCUACUGAUUUUUACUUUCAAAGCUUAAGCUUUUUACACUCUAAUUCAUAUUUUUUAUCUGGGAUAUCGAGUGACUGGAAUAUAAUAGAUACAGAUAGAAACUUACCUUUUCUAGACAUAAAAUACUAUGUUCCAUGGAUUCGUGGAAUUUUGAACAAACAUAGUACAUCGAAUGUAUGUGUCUUACCAACGGUCGAAGGAGUUGUACAUUCUUAUAAAGGUUCUCAUUCAAUUUUAUCUCCCGGGACAUUAGUUAAACCUAAUACUACUGUUAUUGGGAACUGUGAAGUUGGAUAUCAUAAAGCUCAUACUAAUGGUUUUAGGGUUUGUCGGAGAUAUGGAAUUUGGAAAACAGAUUCUGAUAAAUUAUGUUUGAAAAUGUGUCCACCUCUACUAUCUGAUAGCUUGGAUAUUAAAUGUAGUUAUAAUAGUAAGUAUGCUAAUUGCUCAACUCUAUCGAUACCUCACACAAUAGCAUCACAAAAAUGUAAGCCUACUUAUGAUCUACCAAAUGGCCUAAAGGAGAGUCCACUUGAAAUACUUUGCCUGACCAACGGAUUGUGGACUAAUGAACUUCAUAAAUGCAAUCCAUUGAGUUCAUGCAUUUUACCAACUGUCGAAGGAGUCGUAUAUACUUAUGAAAAUUCGAAUGAAAGUUUAUCUCACGGGACAUUAAUAAAUCAUGACGUUACCGUAAAUGAGAACUGUAAAUUUGGAUAUCAUAAAGUUUAUCUAAAUAGUAUUAGGGUUUGUCAAAAAAAUGGAAAAUGGAAAACAGAUUAUAAUAAAUUAUGUUUGAAAAUGUGUCCACCUCUACUAUCUGACAGUUUGGAUAUUAAAUGUAGUUAUAAUGGUAAGUAUGCUAAUUGCUCAAAUCUAUCGAUACCUGACACAAUAGCAAAACCAUCAUGUAAGCCAACACAUUAUUUUGCACCAAAUGGACCAGAUGAGGCCGCACAAGAAUUACAUUGUCAGUCUAACGGAUUGUGGGAUAAAGAACUAUAUAGAUGCAAUAUAAUAUUGAAUACAUGCGUUUUACCAAAGGUCGAAGGAGUUGUAUAUACUUAUGAAUAUUCUAAUGAAAGUUUAUCUCACGGGACAUUAAUUAAUCAUGGCGUUACCGUAAAUGAAAACUGUACAUUUGGAUAUCAUAAUGUUUAUCCCAAUAGUUUUCGGGUUUGUCAGAUAAAUGGAAAAUGGAAAACAGCUUAUGAUAAAUUAUGUUUGAAAAUGUGUCCACCUCUACUAUCUGAUAGCUUAGAUAUUAAAUGUACUUAUAAUGGUAAGAAGACUAAUUGCUCAAAUCUAUCGAUACCUGACACGAUAGCGAUACCAAAAUGUAAGGAUACUUAUUCUCUACCAAAUGGAAAAAUUGAAACUCCAAUUGAAUUACAUUGUCAGUCUAACGGAUUGUGGGAUAAAGAACUAUAUAUAUGCGAGCCAGAUUGUGGUAGACCAUUUAUCAAAACCCAAAUAUUGAUCAAUAAUGGUGAAACAGCAAAUGUCGGAACGGCACCUUGGAAUGUCGCUAUAUAUAAAAAAAAAUCCAAUUAUGAAUUCGAAUGUGGAGGAUCAAUUAUUUCUCGAAAUUUAGUCGUUUCUGCGGCUCAUUGUUUUUGGAAAAAAGGUAUGCCAUAUACUAUAAUAAUAAUCGACGAUCUUUACAAAGUUGCUGCUGGAAAAUAUUAUAAAAACUUUAAAAUUUUUGACAAUGAAUAUCCUCAAAUAAUUAAUGUGGAUAGGAUUCUAAUGCAAGAUGGUUAUUAUGGAUUUUUCGGGCAUUAUGCUGUAGAUAUAGCUGUUGUUGUGUUACAUAACAGUGUUUUUUUUAGUAAUGGUAUAACACCUGUUUGUAUGGAUUGGAAUGGUAUCUACAAUGUAUCCAAUGGAGAUGAAGGAAAGAUUGUUGGUUGGGGAAAAACGAAAGAAGGCAUUGAAAGUCCUAUUUUAUUAAAAACUGGUUUACCAUACAUCAACAUGACAACGUGCCGGGAUAUGUAUACAUUGGGAUUUGAAUCAUAUGUGACUCCUGAUAAGUGUUGUGCCGGUUUUCCAUUGGUUCCAGGAUAUGGUGUAGAUGAGGGAGACAGUGGUGCAGGCUUAUGCUUUUCACACUCUAAAUUGUAUUAUUUAACCGGAGUAGUUAGCCUCAGGGAAGCAGACGCAAAUAAUUCAAUCGCACUUUUUACAUCAGUUCAUUACCACAUUGAAUGGAUUCGUAGACUAUAUACCACAUACAAUAGAGUCUAAUAUAAUUAAGAACUUGGUGUUUGUGAGGGAGAAUGCGGUGCAGAAUUAUGCUUUUUACACUCUAAUUGUUAUUAUUUUGCGGAAGUAAUGAGCCUCAAGGAUUCAGAAGCAAAUAAUCCAUUCGCAAUUUUUACAGAAGUUAAG